AUGUAAUAAUAUGAAGGAUUAAUAGAAGAGAACACUUAAUUAAAGAAAGCUAUCAUUUCUUCUAAAGCUGUGAUAACUAGAAAGAUUAGUAAUUUAAAUUUAUAAUUAUUUUAAGAUGAAUAUGAAACUUUAUAAGCAAUAAAUGAUGAAUUGAAAUAAAAUCUUGAUAAAAUGAGAUUAGAGAAUUAGGAUUUAUUAUAAAAGUAUAAAAUAGCUAUGCAUGAUAAAAAAUAAACAGAAUAAUAAUUUGAUAAUGCUACAAAAAAUUGGAAACUUUUAAUUGAAUAAAAAUAAAGAGAAAUAGAAGAGAUUUAAAGUAGAUUGACACCUGCUUUUGAUUAAGAUAUGAUGAGAAUUAAAUUAUUGAAUGAAUUAGAUUUACCACAUAGAUAAUAAUUGGAAUAAAAGUAAUUAGAGAUUGAAAAGUUGAAUGAAACAAUAUAUUAAUUAAAAAGAAAGAUUGAUUUGGAAUUAUCAAGAGUAGAAACUAUAUAAAUAGAUAAAGAUAAAGAAAUAAAAUUAUUAUUAGAAAAACAUAAAUUAGAUAUGGCAGAUCUUUAACAUCAAAUAUUAGAUUUAACAAGAUAAGUAGAAGACAAUAAAGAUAGAGAUACAAUAAGAAGAUUAAGAAAAGAUUUGGAAGAAUAUAAAUUAAAAUUUAAUAUUACUGAUACUGAAAAUGAAGAAUUAAGAAAUGAAAGAGAUAAAAUUAGAGAAGAAAAGAAUGAUAUUAUGAUUAAAUUUGCCAGAUAGCUUGAUACAGAAAGAAAUGAUAAAAGAUAAUUUAAAAGUGAUUUUGAUAAAUUAUAAGUAAGAACUAGAUUUUUAGAAGAUGAAUUUAGAAAAGAAAAAUAAAGAAGAGAACAAGUUUCGACUGAUAUUGAAAUUAUAAAAACAGAAAAGAUUAAUUAUUGA